AUGGCUCCUCACAGCACUCUGGAGAGGCUCAGUUUGAGCCUCCUGCCCCCGGCCGUCCAUCGAUUCCUCUUCGGCCAAUCAGAAGGGUUCCUGGUGGCUCACCUGGUCGUCAGGGCGCUGUUUGGAGCAGUAAGCGGUACAGUUCUGUUCCUAGGAGUCUCUCACAGCCUCCCGCUGACCUUUGACCUGAAGCUGUUGGCAGCAGCUUGUUUCAUCGCUGUCUGUGCCGUGGGCGGAGCUUUGUCCUCCUCCUGCAGGUGUUCGGUCCUCCUGAUGUUUCCCAGCAUGCUCGGCUCCCGCGGCCGAGCGUACCUGAUGCUCUUCAUCCUGUCGGUGCUCUACAGAGGUCCCGUCUCCAACAUCCAACGUAACGUGGAGACGGCGGCGCUGAGUCUGAGCUGCAACCUGGACCUGCAGGUCCGUCACGGCCGCUUGUUGUGGAGAGAAGCCGUCAAGCCGUUUGUCCUCAUCACGCGGCAGCUGAUGGACGAUGAAGAGGAGUUCGAGUCGGAGGCUCUGAGCGUCAGCGGCAACUUCCAGAACAUCAGAGACGAAGUCGUGCUUCAGUUCGGUUACGACCGCUUCAACGCCAACGCCAGCGGCAGCACCCAAGACCAGUUCACCUCCAAGACCAGGAUGCAGUGCGACAGUGUGGUGGAUGAGGGCGUAAAGCGAUGCGCUGAUUGGUUCAACCAGAAGUGGGCGGAGUGUAUGAAGGCGAUCCCCGUCCCAAUCAUCAACCACAUCCUGUGCGUCUCCAUGAAGUUCCACUUCCUGUGUGACAUCAUGAGAGUGAUGACCCCGUGGUGUAGGGAGCAGAUCCCCGUGGAGGGGAACUUCGGCCAGCUGUUUGACCGUCUGAACCUUUCAGUCGACCUUCUGUCCCGAGAGUUCAGCACCUCCCUCGUCCUGCAGGUGUCCCAGCAGCAGCAGGCAGUGCUGGAGGGAGCUCUGCUGGAUGAGGAGUUCACUCAGGCGGUCCGAGGCUCCUUCCUGAAGCUGACGGCCGUCAUGGAGGAGCUGCUGAGCCUCCUGCAGCUCCUCCUCUCCUUCACCUUCAUCAGCAUCUUCACUCAUGGGUUCAGUUACCUCCUCCAGUACAGGAGGGAUGUUAGAUUCGACAACCUCUACAUCACCACCUACUUCAGACAGGUUGAUGCCCGCAGGAGGAGAAAGGGGAAGCGCUGCCUGCUGCCUCUGAGAAACUCAGAGAAGAAGAACUUCAUCGAUCCGUGGAGUCUGAAGGUCCACGAGGAGGAGCUCAUAGGGCUGACCUCAGGUGUGUUCCAGGUGCUGUCUGUCUCUCUGCUGUCGCUCCUCCUGCUGACUGUGGACUUCUCUCUGUUCCACGUCCUGGACAUCGUCAGCAGACACACCUUCAGCCAGUUCAACCUGACCAGUAGUCACAAGGUGGACAUCAGAGUGGGCGGAGCCUCCAUGAUGGCCCGCCUCCUGAGGAAGACGGUGUCGGCCUUCAACAGCUCGUCCAUCCUCAGCGUCCAGACGGACAACCAGGGUGUGUACAUCAGCUGUGUGUGUUGUAUCCUGUUGGUGGCGCUCUUCAGCUGCUUCCAGGUUUACACCAACCGCCUCCACCGUGUCAUCACGGCCCUUUACCACCCACAGAGGGAGAAGAGGCGGGUCUUGUUUCUCUACAACCUGCAGGUCCAGAGACGUGUUUCCUCCCUGGACAGGAAACGCAUCACCAGGAGCAGAACGGUGCUGAAGAACUGA